CUUUGAAGAUGCCUAAAGCCAAUCGGUCAGCCUCAGCUCAAGCAUCCGGGAAAGGGAAGGAUGCCAGGAAGCUGCGCCGGUCACCUCGUUUGUGUGCUAUCCAGUCAGGAGUGCGUGGACGGCAGUCACAGCUGGAGGAUGUAACGACUCCGGAAGUGGGAUGCCAGCAGCAAGGUUGGGACCGAGCAGAGGAGCCGAAGCUUGACCAAGUUCCUGGACCGAGUAGGGGAAGUGGACCACGCCAACGACGAAUCCAGGCAAAGAGCCAAACUCCUCCCCAGAUUGAUCCCAAGCUUUCAUAUCUGAGCUUCACCCCGGGUCAGAGGAUUGGUGACAUCAAUCUGGGCAAGCUGGCAGUCAAAGGCAAGUGGGAGAUGCUACGUGAGUUUGGUAAAAGAGGAAGUGGUCCAGGAAAGUUUGAUGGGGCUCUAGAUAUUACUGCUACUCAACCUGGUGAGAUUGCUGUGGCAGACUAUAGGAACAAACGAGUGGUCAUCUGCAGCAAUGAGGGACAACACAAGGGAACCAUUCCCCUACAACGUAAGUUUCUUUCAUGCACAUGUCCAUCAACACAAACUUUCAUAAUUGUGUGGAAAUUAAGUCUUCCAUGUGCACAUGCAGAUCUGACAACUGAGAAUGAAAACCAAUAA